AUGCAGCCCUUCAGCAUCCCCGUUCAAAUUACACUCCAGGAUGGCCGGCGGCGCCCGGGAAGGACAGCCUUUUCUGCCUCAGGGAGGAAUAGAAAUAUAGACCACAGUGAUGGUGGCGUCCCAGACGUGCGCAGGAAGCUACCGUCCAGUGCUGGAGAGGACCGAGCCGUGCUGCUAGGGUUUGCAAUGAUGGGCUUCUCAGUCCUCAUGUUCUUCUUGUUUGGAAUAACCGUCCUCAGGCCUUUCUUGCUCAGCACUCAGAGAGAAGAAUCAAACUGCACUAUCAUCCACACUCAGAUCAUGGAUGACUGGAUGGACUGUGCUUUCACCUGCGGUGUGGACUGCCGAGGCCAGGGCAAGUACCCAUGUCUUCAGGUGUUUGUGAAGCUCACCCAUUCAGGUCAGAAAGCUCUCCUGCAUUAUAAUGAAGAGGCUGUCCAGAUAAAUUCCAAGUGCUUUUACACGCCUAAGUGCCACCGAGACAGGAAUGAUUUGCUCAACAGUGCUCUGGACAUAAAGGAAUUUUUUGAUCACAAAAAUGGGACCCCCUUUUCAUGCUUCUACAGUCCAGACAGCCGGUCUGAAGAUGUCAUUCUCAUAAAAAAGUACGACUACAUGGUUCUCUUCCACUGCUUGUUCUGGCCGACGCUGACCCUGCUAGGGGGUGCCCUGAUUGUGGGCAUGGUGAGAUUGACACAGUACCUGUCCCUGCUGUGCGAGCAAUACAGCACCGCGCGCAGAGAUGAGGCAGGCGGCAAAGUACCUUCUGCGGAACAGCAUCGAUUCAAACUGUGGAGUGUGGGGAGGAGCCAAGAAAGGAGCAGAGAAAUCUUACGAUGGUGGCCAGAUUAG